AUGCCUCAGCCCAGUGUCUCCAGCCCCUGGUCCCUGGACUCUUCAGUCUGCUGGUCCCUCGGUCCUCCAGCCCAGUGUCUCCAGCCCUUGGUCCCUGGACUCUUCAGUCUCCUGGUCCCUCAGUCCUCCAGCCCAGUGUCUCCAGCCCCUAGUCCCUUCUCCUGGUCCGUCAGUCCUCCAGCCCAGUGUCUCCAGCCCCUAGUCCCUGGACUCUUCAGUCUCCUGGUCCCUCAGUCCUCCAGCCCAGUGUCUCCAGCCCCUAGUCCCUCGGUCCUGCAGCCCAGUGUCUCCAGCCCCUGGUCCCUGUACUCUUCAGUCUCCUGGUCCCUCAGUCCUCCAGUCCAGCGUCUCCAGCCCCUGGUCCCUGGACUCUUCAGUCCCCUGGUCCCUCGGUCCUCCAGCCCAGCGUCUCUAGCCCCUAGUCCCUGGACUCUUCAGUCUCCUGGUCCCUCGGUCCUCCAGCCCAGUGUCUCCAGCCCAUGGUCCAUGGACUCUUCAGUCUCCUGGUCCAUCAGUCCUCCAGCCCAGUGUCUCCAGCCCCUUGUCCCUGUACUCUUCAGUCUCCUGGUCCGUCGGUCCUCCAGCCUAGUGUCUCCAGCCCCUAGUCCCUGGACUCUUCAGUCUCCUGGCCAGUGUCUCCAGCCCCUGGUCCCUGUACUCUUCAGUCUCCUGGUCCGUCGGUCCUCCAGCCCAGUGUCUCCAGCCCCUGGUCCCUCUGUCCUGCAGCCCAGUGUCUCCAGCCCCUGGUCCCUGGACUCUUCAGUCUCCUGGUCCCUCAGUCCUCCAGCCCAGUGUCUCCAGCCCCUAGUCCCUGGACUCUUCAGUCUCCUGGUCCCUCGGUCCUCCAGCCCAGUGUCUCCAGCCCCUGCCCAGUGUCUCCAGCCCCUAGUCCCUGGACUCUUCAGUCUCCUGGUCCCUCAGUCCUCCAGCCCAGUGUCUCCAGCCCCUAGUCCCUCGGUCCUGCAGCCCAGUGUCUCCAGCCCCUGGUCCCUGUACUCUUCAGUCUCCUGGUCCCUCAGUCCUCCAGCCCAGCGUCUCCAGCCCCUGGUCCCUGGACUCUUCAGUCCCCUGGUCCCUCGGUCCUCCAGCCCAGCGUCUCUAGCCCCUAGUCCCUGGACUCUUCAGUCCCCUGGUCCCUCGGUCCUCCAGCCCAGUGUCUCCAGCCCCUGGUCCCUGUACUCUUCAGUCUCCUGGUCCCUCAGUCCUCCAGCCCAGCGUCUCCAGCCCCUGGUCCCUGGACUCUUCAGUCCCCUGGUUCCUCGGUCCUCCAGCCCAGCGUCUCUAGCCCCUAGUCCCUGGACUCUUCAGUCCCCUGGUCCCUCGGUCCUCCAGGCCAGUGUCUCCAGCCCCUGGUCCCUCUACUCUUCAGUCUCCUGGUCCGUCGGUCCUCCAGCCCAGUGUCUCCAGCCCCUGGUCCCUCUGUCCUGCAGCCCAGUGUCUCCAGCCCCUGCCCAGUAUCUCCAGCCCCUGGUCCCUGGACUCUUCAGUCUCCUGGUCCCUCAGUCCUCCAGCCCAGUUCCUCCAGCCCAGUGUCUCCAGCCCCUGGUCCCUGUACUCUUCAGUCUCCUGGUCCGUCGGUCCUCCAGCCCAGUGUCUCCAGCCCCUGGUCCCUCGGUCCUGCAGCCCAGUGUCUCCAGCCCCUGGUCCCUGGACUCUUCAGUCUCCUGGUCCCUCAGUCCUCCAGCCCAGUGUCUCCAGCCCCUAGUCCCUGGACUCUUCAGUCUCCUGUUCCCUCGGUCCUGCAGCCCAGUGUCUCCAGCCCCUAGUCCCUCCCAGUAUCUCCAGCCCCUGGUCCCUGGACUCUUCAGUCUCCUGGUCCCUCAGUCCUCCAGCCCAGUGUCUCCAGCCCCUAGUCCCUUCCUCCAGCCCAGUGUCUCCAGCCCCUGGUCCCUGUACUCUUCAGUCUCCUGGUCCGUCGGUCCUCCAGCCCAGUGUCUCCAGCCCCUGGUCCCUCGGUCCUGCAGCCCAGUGUCUCCAGCCCCUAGUCCCUGGACUCUUCAGUCUCCUGUUCCCUCGGUCCUGCAGCCCAGUGUCUCCAGCCCCAAUCCCUCCCCUGGUCCCUGGAUUCUUCAGUCCCCUGGUCCCUCGGUCCUCCAGCCCCUGGUCCCUGUACUCUUCAGUCCCCUGGUCCCUCGGUCCUGCAGCCCAGUGUCUCCGGCCCCUAGUCCCUCCCAGUGUCUCCAGCCCCUAGUCCCUGUACUCUUCAGUCUCCUGGUCCCUCGGUCCUCCAGCCCCUGGUCCCUGGACUCUUCAGUCCCCUGGUCCCUCGGUCCUCCAGCCCCUGGUCCCUGUACUCUUCAGUCCCCUGGUCCCUCAGGCCCCCAGCUCAGCGUCACUAAUCACCCUCCCCAGGUUGUACCCAGAUAG